AUGCGACAAUUCAAUCAAUCAAGCAAAAUUCCUAAUAUAUUGGUCGUUGUUGAUAUCGAAACACUUUGUCCUCGCCUCUCGGUUCGCAAGGAGGUCUGUUUGACCCACAUACGUAACUGCUUGUCUACCCUGACUGUCUCACCGCAGGCUAAUGUGCCUCCAUUCACACUACACUCUCCCUCCCCACCCGACAUAACUAAGACUCGAGGACUCCAACUCCUUCCUCGCCCACAGAUCUGUGAACCUACACCUGCGCGCACGAUAAUGGACACCGCGUACGACCACGUUCAGCAGGAAUCCUAUCCUGAAGCCAAAACCCCGCAAUCACAGGACAGCUCCAGGCAGGAGACUGCCAACAUCAACACCGAAAUUCAAGAUGCAUACAAGGCCAUUUCAAGCAGUCCAUGGGCAGCGCGUUUGGGCGGGUUUCUUGGGUCUGUAAAGAAGCAGCAAUACUACGAAACCGCGAACAAGCAAGCAACAACCGGCAUCUCCACCCUCAUAAGCCACACGCGCAACAUUUCCGUCACUGGUGAGGGCUCUUCCUCCUCGAACCAACCCGCCUCUUCGACCGACAGCUCCAAGGAGGCAACUGCAUCGUCUUCCAUCACCGACCACCCCGACCGCCCAGACUCGCUUCCCGCAGACAUCAUCCGUGAAGCAGAAGGCAUACUCAGUCGCUUUCGCAGCGAAGCCACGCGCCGCCUCAAAGAUGUCGAAAAGGCCGAAGACGCCGCCGACGAAGCUCUCCUCAAAUUUGGCACAAACAUCCGCAACUACCUCCGCGAAGCCGUCACAAUCGCACCCCCAGAAGAAGGCGCCUCGCCCACCGCGCAGGUCCUGUACGAGUCUAAGGACCGCGAGGGCAAGAAGGUGGUGCACGCCACCCGCUUUGAUGCGCAGCUGCACGUAAUUCACUCUAGCUUGGACAGCUUCCGGAAAGACCCUGUUAGUCCAGAAUGGGAGGGAUGGAAGAAGGACUUUGACGUGGAGAAGAAGACGGCGGAAAUCGCCAAGGACUUGGAGAAGCAUGAGCAACUGCGCACUGCCAUGGAGAAGCUGGUUCCUGAAAAGGUCGAGUACAGUCUGUUCUGGACGCGGUAUUACUUCCUGCGCCAUGUAAUUGAGAGCGAGGAGCAGAGGCGGAGGGAAAUGCUGAAAGCAUCCACCCCCGCCGACGAAGAAGAAGUCGCCUGGGACGAAGAAUCCGACUCAGACUCCGAAUCCACUUCCCCCUCCUCCGCCCAGCAACCCAAACCCUCCCUCUCCGCCUCCAAAGAAACCCUCAAACCCAUCUCCUCCGACGCCCCUACCCCAACAACAACCACUUCCCCCAGCGCCGCCGACGCCAAGGAUAAACCCAGCGGAAACGAUGGUUUGAAACCCGCGCGCCGCUCCAACGACGACGAAAAAUCCGUCGCCGAUAGCGAUGCUAGCUAUGAUCUUGUCAGCGGAGCGACGAGUCGUGCGCCGGGGAGUCCGACGCAUGAUAAGAAGAAGACUGUGGUCGAGGAGAGUGAUGAAGAGGAUUGGGAGUAGGGUUUACUACUCUGUGAGAGAGGUUGUGUCUUGCGAAAUUUGCUGUUCUUUUUUCUUGGGAGGUGUUCUUUUCUUUUCUUUGGUGUUAUUUGGUCUUUUCGCUUCUCCUGUGAUGAUGAUUGAUAGUGGUGGUGGUGUUUUUGUGGAAACCCCAAUUGUACGUACACAACUCGAGUUAGGGAAUAAGGAUUGGGGAAUGAGAAUUGGGAACGUUGAUUCGUUCAUUUCAACGUGUGAUCUCAAUAUCGAGUGCGUGGUGAGACAUACGAGAGUCACACCAUGUCCAUUUCGCACAAAGGAGAACUCUUUCCAUGCUUGCAAGAAUUGUUUGAUAUUUUUCCAUUGUCAUGUCUUAUCAUUUCUAAGGAAAAAAAAGAUGCGAGAUCCGACCUCCUUUUUUCUUUCGCUGGUCAUAUCCCCUCAUCUAGUUUCCAUCAAAGCCAUCUCGCCGAUGUUUAAGAAAAUAAAAAGGUAUACCGAACCCCCAGAUCUAUCCAAUCUUC